CUAGGCAUAGAUUGCUGAAGCCUUGCAGUGUAGUUACAGUGCAGUUAACCAAGGUAGAGAGUUUGGGUGGGGUGUUUGACCCCACUUCUCUUGCCCACCUCCACCCCACAGGUUGCUGCUGAGCUGCUUGAAGUGCAGAGGAAAUUCUUUAAUUUAUUGGCUCUUUUGGGGUCUUGCAAGGCAAAGGCCUGGGGGAAUGUCUCAUCCAAAGCAGCUACGAGAUGAGAGUGACUUUGACCAGCUUCCAGAUGAUGUACCUGUUUCUGCAAAUAUUGCAGAUAUUGAAGAGAAGAGAGGUUUCUCCAGUUAUUAUGUAUUUGUGAUUGAGGUGAAAACAAAAGGCAAGAACAGAUACAUGAUAUUUCGGCGCUACAGCCAGUUCUACAGCUUACAUGCCAAACUGGAAGAAAGAUAUGGUGCAGAAAGUAAAAAUAGCAGCUUUACCUGCAUACUUCCUACCCUUCCAGGAAAAGUUUAUGUUGGUGCAAAGAAGGAGAUUGCAGAUAGCCGAAUCCCGAUACUCAACAUAUAUAUGAAGAAGCUGCUUAGCUUGCUACCCUGUGUGUUGCUAGAUGAAGAUAUCCGCUUAUUUUUCUGUCAGUCAGAGUUUGACAGUGAACAGAUACCUCAAGGACUGAGAAGGCUACGCCCUCGCACUCGCCGUGUAAAGAGUGUGAGUCCUCAAGAACCAGGGUUUGACAGAUUGGCAGCUCCACGAGUGGAGGCACUGUAUGAUUUUACUGCCUCCAAUAAACUGGAAUUGAGCUUCAAGAAAGGAGACUUGAUCUAUUUACUCAGCAGGAUCAAUAAAGAUUGGUUUGAGGGAAGUCUUCGAGAUGCUACUGGAAUUUUUCCGUGUGACUUUGUAUCAGUCAUUAAAGAUCUCCCUCAAGAAGAGGAUCCAAUCAACUGGCUGCGCUGCUAUUACCAUGAUGACAAUGUUAGCUCUAUCAGAGAUAUAUCAGUGGAAGAGGACUUGAGCAGCAUCCCAUUGUUCCAAGACCUAAUGGAGUUAACCAGGCGUGAAUUUCAGCGGAAUGAUAUCGCUCUGAAUUACCGUGACGCUGUGGGGGAUCUGAUCCGUCUGCUUUCUGAUGAGGAUGUUGCGCUUAUGGUGAUGCAGGGCAGAAGUUGGCCUUUUGAGAAACAUAUCUUCCCAUGGAAAUUGCAUGUUACCAGAGAAGCUGAUUACAGCAUUUACCACUCAACAAAACCUGUCGUUUCCACAUAAAAACCACUAAAAAGCAUUCAUAAGGGAACUUGAUGUUUUGACAGAAAGCAAUAAUAAACUGAUUAGACCAGUGUGAAAUCGACCCAUUAAAAAAAAUAUUCUGUACUACUUCACACAAUGCUUCCCCCACCCUUAAAAUUAUGAAGCAUGGCUAGGAGUCCUUACAAUUUAUAGGCAUUACUAGAUUUCUUUGUACUGGAUUACCAGUUUUAGUAGUUUGCAUAUUAAAUGCUUGAUUUAGAAAAAAAUGUUUAUUUUUAUUUAAUAUUGAGCUGUUAUAGAACUAACGUAUAUUAUUAGAAAUACAGAAAUAAAAUACUGAAAGACA